CGCAUACUUUUGUUACAUUUGUAGACUUGAUUACACCUUAUUAUUUAGCCUCGCUUCAACAGUUGGUGUUUGGCAAUCAACGAUUCUAGAGACACGAAGUAAUUAAAAUGAGUGCUGAAUUUAAAAAACAACCCAAAGGUUUUGCUACCAAGGCUAUUCAUGUGGGCCAAAAACCUGAACAAUGGAAAAGCAUGUGUGUAAUUCCGCCUAUUUGUAUGAGCACAACAUAUAAACAAGAUGGUCCAGCAGAACAUAGAGGGUUUGAAUAUUCCCGAAGUGGAAAUCCUACGCGUAAUGUACUAGAACAAUGUUUAGCCUCAUUAGACAAUGCUAAAUUCGGACUAACUUUUUCUUCUGGAUUGGGAGCUUCUACUGCUGUUCUUUCAAUGCUUUCUUCUGGAGAUCAUAUAGUUGUUGGAGAUGAUGUAUAUGGAGGUACAAACCGCUUGAUCAGACAAGUUGCCUCUAGAUUCGGUAUUGAAGCAACGUUUGCCGAUUCAACUAAUUUGGAGGAAUUUAAAAAUGCAAUUAGACCUAAUACCAAAUUAGUUUGGGUUGAAACACCGACAAAUCCAUUGACCAAAGUUUCCGAUAUAGAAGCUCUGAGCAAAAUAAUACAUGAAUCCGGAGAUAUAAUAUUUGCCGUUGAUAACACAUUUUUAACAUCAUAUUUUCAACGACCACUGGAAUUGGGUGCAGAUAUGGUAUGCUAUUCUUUAACAAAAUAUAUGAAUGGUCACACAGAUGUCGUUAUGGGUGCUGUUACUAUGAAUUCUGAGGAAUUAUAUCAACGUCUGAAGUUCCUUCAAAAUGCUGAAGGAAUUGUUCCAUCACCAUUCGAUUGUUAUCAAGUGAAUCGUUCCCUUAAGACUCUUGCAAUUCGUAUGGAACAACAUCAAUCAAAUGCUAUUGCAGUUGCCAAAUUUUUGGAAAGUCACAAUUUCGUGGAGAAGGUUUUACAUCCAGGUCUUCCUUCACAUCCUCAUCAUCAAAUGGCAUUAAAGCAAACAUAUGGAUAUAGUGGAGUGUUUUCCUUUUAUCUUAAAGGAAACUUAGAAAACUCUAAAGCAUUCCUAAAAGCUCUCAAAAUUUUCACAUUGGCCGAAAGUCUUGGAGGAUAUGAGAGUUUAGCUGAGUUGCCGUCUAUUAUGACGCAUGCGUCUGUACCUGCGGAAGAUAGAAAAAAGUUGGGUAUAACCGAUUCUUUAAUUCGCUUGUCAGUUGGACUGGAAGAUGCUGAUGAUUUAAUUGCAGAUAUUAAAAAUGCUUUAACAGUAGCAGAAAACAUUUAAUAAAAUUAUGAAACACGUUAAGAGACAAUAAAAACUAUUUUUACAGCGAUAUAUCUAUCGUUAAUAAAAAUGCAAUAUAAAUUAAGAAAA